AUAUUUACAGCAGCACAAGAAACCCCCAUUGUGGAUAUGGUUCGUGAGAACAACCUCAUCAGACUCCGGGAGAUCAGAGACAAAGUCAUUGACGAUAAUGUGAAUUUUGAGGGCAUUGAUGAUGUCAGCUUGGCCACAAUAGACCGAGUUCUCCGGCGCCAAAAGAUGCGGAUGAAACAAGUCUAUAGGGUUCCCUUUGAGCGGAACUCUGCACGACACAAAGACCUACGUUACGAGUAUGUGCAAAGGACAUUACAGUUGGACGUGAUGGCCAGACCUCAUGAGUACCUCUUCCUGGAUGAGGCUGGCUUCAACCUGCACAAACGAAGGCAAAGAGGCUGUAACAUCAUUGGCCAAAGAGCCAUAACUGAGGAACCAGAACCCAGCUGUGUGUCAUUUAGGAGCGACAGGUCAAAGGGUGUCAUCCAUGACUUCAAACCUUCUGGACCUCCGUCCUCAGAGAGAGUGGACCAGCAGAACUCAGAGGUUCCCAGAGGUCCGUCUGCCCGGCAGCAUCAAACCCAGCUGGACUCCAUAUUUAUGCUGCUGGAGGACAACAUUGUCACUUUUGUGAAGAACGAGCUGAAGAAGAUCCAGAAGAUUCUGAGUCCAGAUGACCCAGACUGCUCAGAGAGUCAGAGAGAUGAGGAGGAGGUGUUGGAAGGUGAGGAUGAAGAGCAGAGGAGGAGCAGCAAAGAGGCACUGAUGAAGAUCACUGUGAACUUCCUGAGGAGGAUGAAGCAGGAGGAGCUGGCUGACCGUUUGCAGAAACAUUUUGCUGCGGUUCAACAUAAACUUAAAUCUGGUCUGAAGAAGAAGUUCCAGUGUGUGUUUGAGGGGAUCGCUAAAGCAGGAAGUCCAACCCUUCUGAACCAGAUCUACACAGAGCUCUACAUCACAGAGGGAGGGACUGGAGAGGUCAAUGAUGAACAUGAGGUCAGACAGAUUGAAACAGCAUCCAGGAAACCACACAGACCAGACACAACCAUCAGACGAGAAGACAUCUUUAAAGUCCCACCUGGAAGAGAUCAACCAAUCAGAACAGUGAUGACAAAGGGAGUGGCUGGCAUUGGGAAAACAGUCUUAACCAAGAAGUUCACUCUGGACUGGGCUGAAGACAAAGCCCACCAGAACAUCCACUUCAUUUUUCCAUUCACCUUCAGAGAGCUGAAUGUGCUGAAAGAGAAAAAGUUCAGCUUGGUGGACCUUGUUCAUCACUUCUUUACUGAAACCAAAGAAAUCUGCAGCUUUGAACACUUCCAGGUUCUGUUCAUCUUUGAUGGUCUGGAUGAGAGUCGACUUCCUCUGGACUUCCAGAACCAGGAGAUCCUGACUGAUGCUACAGAGUCCACCUCAGUGGAUGUUCUGCUGACAAACCUCAUCAGGGGGAAACUGCUUCCCUCUGCUCGCCUCUGGAUAACCACACGACCUGCAGCAGCCAAUCAGAUCCCUCCUGAGUGUGUUGGCAUGGUGACAGAGGUCAGAGGGUUCACUGACCCACAGAAGGAGGAGUACUUCAGGAAGAGAUUCAAAGAUGAGGAGCAGGCCAGGAGGAUCAUCUCCCACGUGAAGACAUCCAGAAGCCUCCACAUCAUGUGCCACAUCCCAGUCUUCUGCUGGAUCACUGCUACGGUUCUGGAGGACGUGUUGGAGACCAGACAGGGAGGAGAGCUGCCCAGCACCCUGACUGAGAUGUACAUCCACUUCCUGGUGGUUCAGACCAAAGUGAAGAAGGUCAAGUAUGAUGGAGGAGCUGAAACAGAUCCACACUGGAGUCCAGAGAGCAGGAAGAUGAUCAAGUCUCUGGGAAAACUGGCUUUUGAUCAGCUGCAGAAAGGAAACCUGAUCUUCUAUGAAUCAGACCUGACAGAGUGUGGCAUCGAUAUCAGAGCAGCCUCAGUGUACUCAGGAGUGUUCACACAGAUCUUUAAAGAGGAGAGAGGGCUGUACCAGAACAAGGUGUUCUGCUUCGUCCAUCUGAGUGUUCAGGAGUUUCUGGCUGCUUUUCAUGUUCAUCUGAACUUCAUAAACUUUGGUGUCAUCCCGAUGGAAGAAAAACAAACAUUUAGGAGGUCUUCAUUUUCUAAGAAACCUAAACUAAAGUCUCUUCACCAGACAGCUGUUGAUCAGGCCUUAAAGAGUCCAAAUGGACGCCUGGACUUGUUCCUCCGGUUCCUCCUGGGACUUUCACUGCAGACCAAUCAGAGACUCCUACAAGGUCUGCAGACACACACAGGAAGUAGCUCACAGACCAAUCAGGAAACAGCUCAGUACAUCAAGAAGAAGAUCAGUGAGAAUGUGUCUGCAGAGAAAAGCAUCAAUCUGUUCCACUGUCUGAAUGAACUGAAGGAUCGUUCUCUAGUGGAGGAGAUCCAACAGUCUCUGAGUUCAGGAAAUCUCUCCACAGAUAAACUCUCUCCUGCUCAGUGGUCAGCUCUGGGUUUCUUCUUAGUGUCAUCUGCAAAAGAUCUGGAUGUGUUUGACCUGAAGAAAUACUCUGCUUCAGAGGAGGUUCUCCUGAGGCUGCUGCCAGUGGUUAAAGCCUCCAACAAAGCUCUACUGAGUGUCUGUAACCUCUCAGGGAGAAGCUGUGAAGCUCUGUCCUCAGUUCUCAGCUCCCAGUCCUCCAGUCUCAGAGAACUGGACCUGAGUAACAACAACCUGCAGGAUUCAGGAGUGAAGCUUCUCUCUGCUGGACUGGAGAGUCCAAACUGCAGACUGGAAACUCUCAGCUUGUCAGGCUGUCUGGUGUCAGAGGACGGCUGUGCUUCUCUGGCCUCUGCUCUGAGCUCCAACUCCUCCCACCUGAAAGAGUUGGACCUGAGCUACAAUCAUCCAGGAGACUCAGGAGUGAAUCUGCUGUCGGCUGGACUGAAGGAUCCACGCUGGAGACUUGAAGCUCUCAGGGUGGAGCCUGCUGGAGUCCGAUGGUUGACACCAGGUCUGAGGAAGUAUUCCUGUCAACUCACAAUCGACACAAACACAGUGAGCAGAGAACUCAAACUGUCUGAAGACUACAAGAAGGUGACAUUUGUGGAGGAGCUGCAGUCAUAUCCUGAUCAUCCAGACAGAUUUGAUUCCUUUCCUCAGUUGCUGUGUCGAACUGGUCUAACUGGUCGCUGUUACUGGGAGGUCGAGUGGAGAGGAAUAGUUUAUUUAUCAGUGAGUUACAGAAGAAUCAGGAGGAGAGGAACCAGUGGAAACUGUUGGUUUGGAGGGAAUGAUCAGUCCUGGAGUCUGAGAUGCUCUGAUCAUCGUGGUUACUCUGUCUGUCACAAUAACAGAGAAACACGUAUCUCCUCCUCCUCCGUCUCCUACAGAGUAGCAGUGUAUGUGGACUGUCCUGCUGGUAUUCUGUCCUUCUACAGAGUCUCCUCUGACUCACUGAUCCACCUCCACACCUUCAACACCACAUUCACUGAACCUCUGCAUCCUGGCUUUGGUGUCUGGAAGUCCAGUUCUGAUUCCUCAGUGUUUCUGUGUUGAGUUGAGUCUAAAGAGUCUCCUCCUCUCAGAGAAAGCCUCUCCCUGUUGAACAGAUCAGUUCAGCAGUUCAAUCUGUUCAUGUCUGCCUAUUUCACUCAGAAACACAUUUUCACAUUCAUAGAUUCAAUCUGUUUCUUUGUGAAAGAAUCAGAUUCUAAAUGAUUCCUUGAAACUUCUUCCUCUUCCAGUCCUUUAAAGAUGGAAGCUGGGAUUAUUCCAGGAUCCACAUGUUGUUUUUCUGCCUGUUUCCAGUCAAAGCUUCACUUCUGAAUAUCAGCAUGUUGACUGUCUCUCUUGGUUUUUUACCUUCAUUCAUGAGUCAAAUUUCAUUGAAAUGUUAGGCAGUUUUUCUCAAUCUCUGGACAUUAUCUGUUUCUCUUGGCUACUAUUUUUCCAAACACUUUAGAUCCAAAUGUUAAAUCUUCCCUUUGUAUAUUUGCAGCAGUUCUACUUCAUCUGUUUUAAUGAGCGAUAAACUGAUUUUCUUCUUCUGUAUUUGAUUCAUUUGCUGCUCAUUCUCUUCUGUGCGUCUGAUCAAUUUUCAAUAUUUCAAUAAAACAAAUGUUUUGUUUAUCAAC